AUGAUAACGCGGAUUUUCUUACUUUUGUCCCUCUUUUUCGUCAAUUUCGGAUACGCCCUCGACGAAAUUACUGAAGAGCGACUACGCGACGUUUCUCUGGACGCGCUAAUUGAUAUAUUACCAGACGAAAUUAAAGACGAUAUAACUGAAGAUAUCGGCCCUUUUCUCCGAAGUCUCGGCUAUAAAGAUUUAAUAACCUUCAAGACGCUCUUCGAUUUUCCGGUAAAGGAUAUGGAGGAGGCGAUGGUGAGGCUCGCAAAAGCCAAUUUGCCCACCUAUGAAAAAGCGAUAAAUCUGUUCAAUAACUACACACAGCGAUAUGCCAAAUCCACAAAGAGGGCGCAGGCAUUUUUUGAAGUGAUCCACAAGCGCAUCGAGACGGGCGAGAUUUUCGACCUCGGAGAAGAUUGGUCACAAGGGAUGCAGAUGGUGUACCUGGAGGUGCUAUCAGAUGAGGACCGCGAUUCUGUGGCCAAGAAUAUGCCAUUUAUUCACCGCUUGUUCUCAGACCGAAAAUUCCUGGACCGGAUGAGCGAACGGCUUGUCCUAAUCUAUGCCACCUAUUCCGGCAUCAGCCUCGAAGAACUGGCAGCGCCGGAGAUUGGUGAAAUUGUAGUUGAGGAUCCGGAAGAAGCGGAACAAGACGAAAAAGAGUCGCCAGCACCCCCAACUGGCGGCCCUUGCGAUGACGCCCCGACGCCGUCGGCCAAGAAAGUCUGUCUCCAGAUGACAAAGUGGAACGCGAAUGCGAAGGUAGAAGCCUCAAAGAAGAAAACCGUGGCUUUACCACCUGGAGCCGCUGCUGGCUUUGCUGCUGACUUGGCCCCAAUUGCGACCAGCUUGGAGGCUUGUGUUGAUAUGGCCUGCAUGUGCCAAUUCUUGGCCGGAAGUCGAACAACCCCAUGCAGCGUCAACGGGAAACCGGUUACGAAGACAAUCCGCAAGGAAUACCGUAUGAUGACCGACGCGGAAAGGCAGCGCUUCCACGCGGCGUUCCUUGAAUUCCGAAGACUUGGAAGGUUCACUCAGAACGCCGCUAUGCACAGCUCGAUGGGUAUGUCUGGAGGCGCACAUGGAGGCCCAGCUUUUGCCGGAUGGCAUCGUGAAUUCGUCAAGAGGAUCGAGUUCGAGCUGAAGAAGAUUGAUCCGGAAGUGUACCUCCCCUACUGGGACUCAACUCUGGAGUGGCGUCUGCCCAGAGGCCAGGACAGUGUCUUGUUCGGAGAUGAGCUUAUGGGAACCCCGGUCGGAAACGUCGUCACCGGAGCGUUCAAAGGAUGGACGGAUACUAGCAACCAACCCCUCCGUCGCAACACCGGAGGCGAAGGACAACCCUUCUCGGACCCUGACAUCGCUCAAUUCUUGAACCAGGCAACGGUCCAGGCUGCUUUUGCCUAUUCGCCGGAAGGAGGAGGUUGCCCCGUACCGCAGAACUACUACAGUCUGGAGAUGAUCCACGGCAACGUGCACCUUUGGAUCGGAGGCCACAUGGAGCGCCCCGAAAACUCAGCCAACGACCCCAUCUUCUACCUCCACCAUUGCUUCGUCGACUUGCUGUUCGAGUUGACCAGGCAGAAAAAUCAGGACCGCAACCGCCGCGAGACCGAGUACCCACCGGAUAACGCCCUCUGCUCAAACCCACAGCACUUCUCGGGCGCCAGAAUGGCACCAUUUAACCAAUACAGGAACAUUGAUGGCCUCUCCAACAAGUACACCGACGAGCUGUACGAGUACGCGCCAAGGCCGACUUGCACUGCCCAGAACCCUAGCUGUGGCAGUCGCUUCCUCUUCUGCGACAUGUCCCACGGGCAGGCCCGCUGCGCCAGCAAGGUUCGCGUCGGCGGCAGUUGCCAAGGCUUCAACGCCAACGAGGACUCGUGCUACAAUGGGCGUUGCCAGGCCGGAGUUUGUGUGGCUUCGGGCCCUCCAGUGACGACCCCCGCUCCUGUGACAACUACCAGGCCCAAUACGAAUACUGUACCGCCACAGCAGAACGAUUGUUGGAACGAGAACCAGUGUUGCCAAUCCUGGGCCGACCGUGGAGAGUGCCAACGCAACGCUCAGUACAUGAGGGACUUCUGCAAGGCGUCCUGCAACUUCUGCAAGCCCCAAAAACCGCUGAGAGAUGACUGCACCGAUCGCCACAACUCGUGCGCGUCGUGGUCCCGCUCCGGCGAGUGCAACCGGAACCCGGAUUGGAUGGCCGAGAAUUGCCGACAAAGCUGCAACAAGUGCCAACAGACAAGAUCCCAGGCGUGUGCUGCUGGAAAUCAAGCCACCACGCCUCGACCGGCCGAAGACAAGUGCCUAUCCCCUGGCUGCUUCAACGAGUUUGCCUGCUGCCCCUUGUGGGCUAUGCAAGGCCAAUGCCGCAGCAACCAAAAGUUCAUGUCCUGCCAGUGCAAAGUGUCCUGCGGAAUCUGCUACUCUCAGGAUUAUCCUUAUGGAUCUUGUACCGACUACCACAAGGACUGCGCCGCGUGGGCUCGAAAUGGGGAGUGCCAGAAGAACCCAUGGAUGGAGGAGAACUGCCGAUCGUCGUGUAAUACCUGCUUCGCGCAGUGGGAGUUGCCGAAUAUGUGUGGAGCGACCAGCCAAGCUGGCCUUAUCGCCGGCCGACGUCAGCAAAACGCUCAGCAGCAAACCCCUCGUGGUGGCUGGUUCCAAAACGGGUGGAACAACGUGCCGCAAGGAGGCGGACGAGGUGGAGGAGGGCCCAGGAGAAGACCCGCUGGCCAAAACGGAUGGGGCCAACAACAAUGGGGCGGACAGGGCGGAGACGGGUGGUCGCCGAAUCAGGGAGGAGGCGGAUGGAAUAAUGGCGGACUCGUCGGCAACAUCCUCAACAGGUUCGCAGGCGGCGGAUGGGGCCAGGGCGGUUGGGGCAGGCGCCGGAGGGAAGCUCAACCGGUCAACGGAAGUUCAAAGCCU